UGUACUCUGGACCUAUGACAAACACAAACACACACACACACACACACACACACACACACACACACACACACACACACACACACACACACACACACACACACACACACACACACACACACACACACACACACACACAUACACACGCAAAGAACCUCAAACAUGGAGUGAAUCAUCCUCAUUUGUUUCGAGACUGUUGGCCAGUAACCCGAGAUGAACAAAGCAGAUCUUCUCCCAGUGAUUCAUGCAGGGGACGGGAGGACUCUAUCCAGAGCAGAGUUUCUCUCACUGCUGAACACCUACAACUGCUUUCUCAAGGACCACACUCAGCUCCACCUCAGUUACUCACUGGAUGGUGAUGGAGAGGUGGUGGUGGAAGGCUUCCUGAAUAUCUCCUGGGGGGUACGGAGACCCAUCCGUCUGAAGAUACAGGACGAUAAACAGAUGCUGCCCUUCGCUCCUCUGAUCUCUCCCGGACCCACCAGCCCAGUCAGCCCCAUCGGAGACAAGAGGGGCAUGUCUCGAUGGGGAGAAUAUUCAGACCUUCACCAGAUAUAUGAGAUGUCCGACACACCACUUGACACAGUCGUCACCAAACCUUUGCCAGGCCCUGCUGUGUAUGAGACGACCACGCUGCGUCCCGUGAGGCAGAGGAGCUGCGACCUGGAGACGGAGUCCAACCUGAUCCGCUGUAUGAGUGACGCCUCAUUGGUGAAGAGGAGGAGGGGGAGGGGGAAGACAUCGGCACAAAGGGAGCAAGAAAGACAACACCGCUUUUCCAUAAAUGGACACUUCUAUAACUAUAAGACUGCCAUCUUUACUCCAUCCUUUGGCACCCCUACUAAAGUUCGUAUCUCAAGCAACAUGAACACAAACCAGGUUAUUGAACAGCUCCUACACAAGUUCAAGAUAGAGAACGACCCUCAGGAGUUUGCUCUAUACUGUGUUCAUCAGAGUGGAGAAAAGAGGAAGCUCAGUGACGGAGACCAGCCCCUGUGGGAGCGCAUACUGCAGGGACCCUCUGAUGACAUUAUGAAGAUCUUCUUGAUCAACAUGGACGAACAGGAAGUUAGCAAUGCCGUAGCACAGUACCUGAACUUGGAGCUUCCUAUCCUGGAGCAGGUUCUACUGAAACUCAGAGAGGAGGAGAACAGAGAGAUACAGAGAUUAGUAAACAAGUUCCACAACCAGCAUCGACUCCUGUCCCUUGUACUGAACCGUAAAAUGUCACCUCACAUUGAGACAAGCGUGUGACAAUUUCCAACACAAGGCCUUUCACUCAUCACAGCACCACGAAGGAGUAGCUGUGGAGAACUAUACAAUAACAUUAGGCGCACACUGCAGUACUUUUCCCACAAAGGUUCAUGAUAAUUUAGUUCAUGAGAACUCUUUAGUUCUCAUGAACUAAGUACAGAUCGCGUUCACACCGGAAUAAAUCCCUG